AUGUCUACAAAGCCAGGCAAAUUGUUACCUACGUCAUCAAAGUCAUUCUUCCCAGGUGCAGGUAAUGCCGAUCCUCAGGCAAAUAUGAAGGCAUGGAAGCUGCUAGAGGACGCUAUAAAGACUAUACAUCUAAAGAAUGCAUCUUCAUUGUCAUUCGAGGAACUAUAUCGCAACGCCUACAACCUGGUGCUGCACAAGAACGGUGAGUUCCUCUACAAUAACCUCAGCAAGCUGAUCGAUGGCCACCUGAAGGACGUGGCCAAGCGCGUCGAGGCCGCCAAGGAGGAGGCGUUCUUGGGCGAGCUCAACACCAGCUGGAACGAUCACAAGACCUCAAUGAUAAUGGUGCGCGACAUCCUCAUGUACAUGGACAGGACCUACGUCGAGCAAUCAAAGAUACCCACCGUCUACGAAAUGGGUCUCAUCCUCUUCCGCAACGACGUCGUCCAUUCCAAAUCGAUCAAAGACCGUCUUCUCAAGACCCUACUCUCAUUAAUACAACAAGAGAGAACUGGAGAGAUGAUUGACAGGGGCCUGGUAAAGAACAUCACACAGAUGCUUAUCGAUCUUGGUGUCAACUCCAAGAUUGUGUAUGAGGAGGACUUUGAGAGUCACUUCUUGACGACCACCGCCACUCACUAUCAGAUGGGUUCACAGGCGUUCAUCUCGUCGUGUAGCUGUCCUGACUAUAUGAAGAAGGUUGAGGUGUGUCUCAAGGAGGAGAUGGAGAGAGUCUCACACUACCUCGACAGCAGCUCAGAGGCCAGAGUAAAGGAGGUGACCGAGAAGCAAUUGAUCUCCAAUCACAUGAAGACAUUGAUACAUAUGGAGAACUCUGGAUUGAUCAGUAUGCUCCAGGAGGACAAGAUAGAGGACUUGAAGAGAAUGUAUAACUUGUUUGGUCGAGUGUCUGAUGGACUCAACUUGAUGAAGGAGGUGAUCAGCAAUCACAUCAGAGACAUUGGUAAACAGAUUGUUAUGGACGAGGAGAAGACAAAGGAGCAGGGCACAUACUUCCAGAACCUGCUGGAUCUCAAAGACAAAUAUGACCGACUUCACGUUGAAGCCUUCUACAAUGACAAGCAGUUCCAGAACUCACUCUACAGGGCAUUUGAGUACUUUAUCAAUCUCAAUCCAAAGUCGCCAGAGUACAUUUCACUGUUCAUCGAUGAGAAGUUGAAGAAGGGAUUGAAAGGUGUGAGCGAGGAGGAGGUGGAUAUCUUGUUGGACAAGAUCCUGAUGCUGUUCCGCUUCAUCCAAGAGAAGGACGUGUUUGAGAAGUACUACAAGCAGCAUUUGGCCAAGCGUCUGCUGCUGGGCCGCAGCGUGUCGGACGAUGCCGAGAGGAACAUGAUCGCCAAGCUCAAGACCGAGUGCGGCUACCAGUUCACAUCGAAGCUCGAGGGCAUGUUCACCGACAUGAGGCUGUCAGUCGACACGAUGACCGGCUUCAAAUCAUACAUCCAGAACCUGCAGAAGCCAUUGGCGUUCGACCUGAGUGUCAACGUGCUGACCACCGGCUUCUGGCCCACACAGAACGCAUCCAACUGCAACCUACAACGCGAGAUACUGCACUGCUGCGAAGCAUUCAAGGCCUACUACCUGUCUAACCACAAUGGACGUCUGUUGAUCUGGCAGACCAACAUGGGUACCGCCGAACUCAAGGCAUCAUUCCCAUCAAAGACACACGAACUCCAAGUAUCCACCUACCAAAUGGUCAUCCUACUUCUCUUCAAUGAUGCCAUUAAGUUUACAUUCAAAGAAAUCGCUGAACAAACAGGCAUACCUCCACCUGACUUGAAGAGGAACUUGCUGGCAUUGACAAGUGCCAAGAACAAGAUAUUGGAGAAGGAAUCACAGAACAAGACCAUCGAGGAGUCCGAUGUAUUUAUAUUCAAUUCCAAGUUCAAGAGCAAGCUGUUCAGGGUCAAGAUCAUGUCGGUGGUGCAGAAGGAGACACCGGUCGAGGCAACCGAGACCAGACAAAAGGUCGACGAGGACAGGAAGCACCAGAUCGAGGCUUCCAUUGUACGUAUUAUGAAGGCUCGCAAGACCAUGGACCACUCCAACUUGAUUUCAGAGGUGAUCAAGCAGCUCCAAUCAAGAUUCGUGCCCAAUCCAAUUAUUGUAAAGAAGAGAAUCGAGUCGCUCAUCGAACGAGAGUACUUAGAGAGAUCAAAGCAAGACAGAAAGAUUUACAACUACAUGGCCUAA